AUGCCCUCCUUCACCAUUGCUGGCGCCUUGCUAGCUCUUGCAGAUCCCGACAAUGAUCCUUGGGGAUGGGGUCAAUGGCAGUCGCUCACUGGAUAUCAUACAGCCCCAUGGCUCGUCGACAAUGGCCCUCAAAAUAUUGUUCAUCGGAGCGCCCAAACCCGUGAGGCGGUGUCGUCCUUUGUCUCAUUGUUCUUUGCAGCCCAUGUCGACGAGAAAUUGCAAGUCACGCAGCGCAAAUCAGACUCGCAUGUUGAAGGUCGUGCCGCUUGGACAUCCUUUGUCAGCGCGAAUUGGAAGUUGGUGUGGAAGGUUCAGGAUCUCAUUGACUCUACGUUGAAAGAGCAAUCCUGUGGCCCUUAUGAGGUAAUGUCCCGCAGGCAAUCCCGCGAGCUCCCAACAUUGGAACGAGCUCAGGUGAAACGAGCAUAUCCAUUCCUCGCUCAUGCUCUCUUCGGAGAGGAUGGCACUGUAGACACCACCGCAUCCUUCCUCAAAGAUAAUGCAAACAUGAAAGCAUCUUGGACCGAACUAACUACAACCAACGUCACCCCCACAUCAGCUCGCAUCAGACGGUAUCUGGCCAGCAGUGAUAAGGUUAUCACGUUGUUGCAGCGCUACACCGAUCCUGAGUCAGUCAAACAGAUUGAAGAUCAACGCCAACAACUUAUUGACAUGCUUGGAGCAAUGGGUCUUGAUAAGAGUGGAAAAUCAAACAAGAUGCGUGUUCCUAAAUUGCUGCGAGAUGCAUUAGAAAAACUCGCCACCACGGACCAAGUCUCAGCUCUGGAAUGCACUAUUCAUGAAUUCAUGGAGCGCUUGACCGAUCAGGACAUGCAGAACAUACCCACCCUGGACUUCAAGUUGCCGCCUGCGGUUGCAUGGAAAGAGGGCGUGGAAGACUUUGCGGAUAAAUCGGAGGACAAUCUUUGGCGGAUGCUGGGACUAGGACAGAUGCGCGCCCUCCCACACUUCCAAACCAAGACCAAUCCAACGGCCAGUAUCAAACCUUGGUCCAUCGAAGGCCAGACAUGGCUUGAAGAAAACAACGCAGCAGUCCCCCUUCGACCUAAAUGGCACCAAGUGGUCGGCAUCGUAAAGAUGAUGGACAAGGUAUUGAAGGGAGAGCCAUUGCUGUUAAUGAACGAAGUCGGCGUAGGGAAAACGAUGCAAGCGGUUGGAGUCAUCGCGUGUACAGCUUAUUUCCGUGAUUUUUAUCAGACACAUGAACAAUUUCCUGGAAUGUUUAGUAAAUAUAAAUGCAUUUCCACUGGGGCUAACCUCCCAGACCUUCCUACCAUUCUUGUUUGCCCGACCAACCUCCAUGCUCAACUCACGAGCGAGAUCGAACAUUAUUUACGUCGCGGAACCUUCGACCUCUUGCCUUACACCGGCAAACUCCAACAGCGCGAGCAAUGGUGGGAAACUAUAUGGACCCAAUCAAAAAUGUCUCCUGGUCGUUGCAUUGUAUUAGUGCCUCAAACUGCAUUACAGAGUGAUUCUGAUACUAUUUGGGUUGCUUCUGACCACGACACUGGGGCGCAGCCGCGUUUUGCAUUACUACACAACAAAUGGGUGAAACAGACGGUAUACGGACAACAAUGGGGCCUGUUCGUGAUGGAUGAAGCUCACGUCGCGCGCAAAUAUAAUAGGAUUUAUGUCGCCAUGCGGGCCCUUCAUCAGCAAGCCAAUGUCACAAUUGUGCUCACCGCUACACCCGUGCUAACAAGACCAUCAGAUAAUCUCGACACGACUCUCCUCCGCAUUAUGGUCGGCAACGAUAAGUACGCGAAUGAGGAAGCCUCCGAAUAUCGAUCGUCCAUCCUCAAUUGGAUGAAUGUCAUGCGCGACAAAUUUGCUGGAUCAGUGAUUCGCAGGACCGUCGACUCAAAAGAUUGUAAUCAACAACCCAUCUCUGGUUUGCCUCCUCACACCGAGCACCCAUUACUUGUUUUGAUGUAUGACUGGGAGCGCAAGAACCUACACAACAUUGUGAAAGAACUCGUGGACGACCAUCCGACUGCUGCAUAUUAUGGCGCUGGCAAGCGUAAUACGGACUCGGUAACAGUGAAACUCGACGUCUUAGGCAAAGUACUCGACUACCACCUCGAACAAGACGGACGUCAACCUGUCACCGCCGCGGAUAAUGGACGGGACAUUCAGCCUGACGAUCAUUAUGGGUCCUUCGACCUCAACCCCGCCGAACCCGACAAAAUUGUUGUAUAUUCGGCAUUCCCAACAUCUAACCAAGCAAUUCUAGAUAUCCUCAGUAUUUAUGGCAUCAAAGCUGUGGAGUUGAACGGCAGUGUGCCACUCAGAAAGCAUCAAGCAGCAAUAGAUGCGUUCCGCAUGUCUACCAGGGAUUCCGGUCCUCGCGUGCUUAUUUUGUCGGGCGUCGGCAUGGAUACGCUUUGGUCUGACCAGGAAGACGCACAACUGCGAGGUUGUGUGUGGCAUCAACCACAGCCGAAGCAAGUCCACGUCUACCGUCUAGUGGCUACGGGCACCUCUGACGUUUUCCUCAACAAUAUCUCUUUCGACAAGGGCGUCAUGCAUGCCGUCUUUGUCGGAACAGAGGUAGUCAUUAGGAAAGCCUUCCUCGGCCACGCAGAAGAAGACGACGCCCUGCUUUCCUUGGUUAGCGAUGACGAUCAAGAGCACAUUGCGAUUGGGAACGACAUGGACGUGGAUGAGCCCACCAGCCCCAAAGCCACGGGAAAAGGGAAGGCAAAGACUAAGCCAAAGCGACGGGUCACUCGCCAAGAGAAAGGCAAAAAACUUGAUGACACAGCCAAAGGUUCCUCCUUGCGCACAUUGCGCAAGCGCAAACCAAGCCAAGAGCAACUUGACGCAACUGUCGUAAAACCGAAGAAGACGCGUAAAUCAGCCAAUGUCCCUCUUCUCUCGACUGCGGGCCCUUCCUCUUUCUCUGGCGAGCAUGGUACAUCGACUGCAGGCAAUAUCUCCUUGCCUGAUAUUGAAACUCUCCGAGCCAGCAAUCCUAAUUUUGAUCGUGAUCCCUACCAAGACGAAGAUGCAGCAAUGGCAGCGCUUCAACAUGGUUUUGCGCGGGCUUCCACAGAGCCGCCCUCAUCUCCACUGUCCACAGUCCCUCCCAUGAGUGAAUCAGAAGAUGUCACAGAAGGGUCAACUAAAGGAAGAGGACGUAGGGGCCGAGGAUCAAGUGGGGGCCGUGGUCAGCGCCAGAGUUCAAGGCAGGCCGCUGUGCGAGGCCAGAAGUAA